AUGACUUCCCGGAUCGAGCGGCUGGCGAAACCCAAGCCCAACCUGCUGAAACAUCCUGACAGCAGAUCGGUCUACUGGCUGGACGAGCUGCCGCCGAGGAAGAGGGGAACGACAACCGCUUUCGCGAUGACACCUCGCCUGUCCCAGCUCGCCCAGGGGAAGCGGCUCCACCCCAGUUUCCAGGGAAUCAGGCCGUCUCCGGUGUGGCGGGUGAGCGCCGCGGCCCUGCGAGCGUCCCCCUCGGAGCGGGUGCGCCACUUGGCGAUGCCCCGCGUACCCGCUGAAGGCUGGCACCCGGACCGCCCCCUGCUGGCCACGGUGAGGAAGGCUGUGCUGACGGCCGUGCCGACCCCCCACAUCUGCCAGCUGUCCCAGCCCAAGAAACUGGCCACCCUGCCACCCCAGAACGCGCACGCGCUGCCCGCGGGGGGGCCGCAGCCGGCCAGGGUCUCGUCCCACAUCAGUAUCCUGGCCGCCCCCAAGUCGCUGCACCCAGAGUACCAGGCCGAUCGGCCCGUGUUGUGGUCGGUCCCGACGUCGGCGCGUCGCGCUGCGCCCAGCGAGCGGGUGCGAGUCCUCGCCCAACCCAAGGUGACGAUGGCGCUCUGCGAGGACCGCGACCCCUACCGCAUCAGCCGGGCCGCCCUGCGCGCCGUCGCCUCCCCCCGAGUCGAGGAGCUCAGCGCCCCGCUGCCGCGAAAGUGCAGGCCGCAGUAGUCGAGCGAGGAGACGGCGUCCGGGGGGGAGCGGGAGUGGGUUGGGGGGCGGGUUGGCUGGC